CAGUAAGUCAACAAACAGAUCUCCAUGGUACAAACACUGGACAGCACCAUGUGCUCACCUCCUAGCUGAAUUGUUGGCUGGAUUCUUUGAUCUCUGAUGAUGGAGAAUGCGCCGGGAAAAGAGGUGACCAUUUUACUUUAACUUAAGAUUCACCAAAAGAUGGAGGCAAUUAUAUUUCCUUCAACUGAGUCAAAACUCAGAGCUGAUGAAGAGGAGGAUGCCAUUGCAACAAAGAUACUGGAGAUUAUAAAUGGGAGCACUGCUGACACUUCAAAAAUGACAGAGGAAGAUGAGGACAGAGAGGUUUGGUCAAUGGAGAUGGGAGAUGACUCUGUGUUCUACAGUGAUGAAGAGCAGAUUCACCAGGACAAGGAAUCUGCCAUUUUAACUGGUUCCAGAGCUAAAAGGUGCAAAUAUCCUGUUAAUAGUGAGGCAGAUGGUGAAAUUAACCAACAGAUGGAGGGUAAUUCAGGAGUGAAACAUUUUAUUUUUAAAGAGAAUUCGGAAAUGGAGAAGGAAAUGACCCAGAAAGUAAUUUGGACUGAAGAGGAAAACCAGAAGCUUGCAGCAUUUAAAACUAAAAGAAUGCACAUAUCAGACCCUGAGGAAUCAGCUGCAGAGUCUGAUGUGACUCCUGGAAAAUUUGUCAAAACCUCUGGAGAGUCUGAGCAGCAAGAUAAAGUAGCAGCAAAUGUGGAUCAACAAGUUAAGAAAGAGGAACCAAUGACAGAAGCUGACACUUCAAACCAACACCUGUUACUCAACAAUGAUGGUUAUGCCAGGCUGAACGGGGAUGCAGAAUUUCCUCAAAGACCGUCUGAAGCUGACUCCCAGAAAUCAAAUGACAUGCAGUUUAUGGGAGAAGAACAAGCCGACUCUCUGGAAAACCUCAGGCAAGGUCAUUGGAACCUGCCUCUGCCCAAGAAAUCUGACUCCAGCACCUUUAACCACCUCGCUUCCUCCAAAUACAGCACCGUCUCCUACCGCAGGAUCCGCAGAGGCAACACACGGCAGAGGAUAGAGGAGUUUGAGUUCUUAUUUACGAAUAAAAAAGAACCUGCUCUUCCAGAGCAUUGAGUUAAAAACAUGUGGGUUAAAGCUACAGGCUUAGAAAAAUCCCAGCUGUAAAAAGUAUUUCCUAGUCGUUUCAGAAACAACUGAUAUUAACUACAAACUUGCAUCUAUUACAUUCUUAAAAAAAAAAAAAAUUUAAUUCUAUAUUGUUUGAAAAAAAAAAACUGUAAUACAACUACUCAAUGAUGUAUUUAAGUAUACAGGUUUGCACACAUUUAACAUUGUAUUUAUUUGAAUCAUUUACCAACCAAUGGCAUCAUACAAAAAAUUGGUGGAUGUUUGAAUUUAAUGUUCAGUCCAGUGGUUAUGACUAUAUAUAGACUCAAAUACUUCACCUGUAUUUCAUUCAAGUUACCAUAUGAAGUUGUAACUAAUUUAGAAACCCUUUAUUCUGUGUGCAAUAUGCAUUUUAACUCCCUAAAAUAAGAACUUCUUUUGCAGCUUUGUGUUUUUAGUCCCAUUAUCUGCUUUAAAUGUAUUUUUCUGUUCAUUUCUUUUUACAGACUUUUUGGGGCUUCUUGCAUAAAUGUGGCUGGAUAUUUGCACUCCACCUUAGGGAGAAAUGUUGGAAUUAGCCUCCUCUAACCUGCUGUGAUAGGACUCCUGUCCUGCUGGGACACCAAGCUGAGGCCAGGUUUUAUCUAGCUGUUGAUUUGAGCCAAAUAAAGACUUUGGAGGUAGUUUUCCUUACUCAUUAUCCAACAAUUUGGGGAAUUGAGCUCACGGCAUGAGGAUACUACCACCAUGCUUGCUUGGUUCCCACUGUAGCCUUAAUUUUGGCUUAUAAUAAUUCAUGAUUUGUUGAAGUCGUGGUGGUUCUUGAAUCUUCAAACCAACUUCCUUCCAGUAAAUGUGAGAGUUUGGGUUAGAUGUUUGAAAUCUGGACAUAGUUGUGCCCCCCCAUCCCA